GGGGCGGUGUACCCGGUGGACAGAGAUCUUCUGUUCUGUGACGCAAAGUUGAAAUCUGCGCUUCAGCAUCGCGUCGACGUAGCUACGGCUGCUACUAGACUUGUAGUCAAGACCGCCUAAAACCGAGCCCAAGACACUACCAAGACCGGAGAGUAUCAAGACCAAUACCAAGACCAAUACCGACCAAAUCAAGACCAAGACUAGUUCAACACCGAGACCUAAAAAAACCUGGUUAUUUCAUCAUCUUGUGUGUUGACUGGGAGCAGCUUCAACAGCGAGAUAGUGUCCUCAGCUCAAGAAAGCUCCCAUCACGCCCCGGAACAAUGACCUUAAGAAGAAAUUGUUUCACAGUUGCUUCUCUGCUGUUUUCACAGAUGAUUGUGAUAAGAGCCUUCAGCGUUCACAUGUCCUCGUGUUAUCGAACCGAGUAUCAGACUGGUAGUGCCUGCUGCCCCAUGUGCCCCGCUGGGAGUCGAGUUAAAACAGACUGCACAGAGUUCAGAAGUACAUCUUGUGUGCCCUGCGUCGCUGGAACUGUUAUGGAGAAACUUAAUGGGCUGAAACGAUGCCAUCCAUGUACUACCUGUGACCCAGGUUCUGGUCUGAAAGAGAAGUCGCCGUGUACAUUGACAUCAGAUACCACCUGUGAACCAGUUGAAGGGUUCUUCUGCAUCGAUUCAACGUCACACGGCUGCGUAGCGGCACAGAAGCACAAGAGCUGUGAACCAGGACAAUGCAUCGGUGAAAAAGGAACAGCGUCCACAGACAUCCAUUGCUCCGACUGCAGGAACGGGACCUUUGCGAAUGGAACGAUGGCCUUCUGUCAGCCAUACGCAAAGUGUGAAACAGGAAGCAGAUCAAGGCAGGAACUGGUUCAGCUCACACAGAUUGUGGAGGAAAAUGUUUGAGUACGGCCGGCGAUGGGAUUUUUUUACUGUUAGUAACAAAAUCUAACUGUAAUAAUUGUACUUUUAUAGCACCAGAAAAAAUAAAAAACUUGUUGGAGAGUUAGUGACAAUCAGUAGAAGAAAAUAAAUGAUAAUAAUACAUCUUAGUACAGUAUAUACUGUUGUGUUAUAAUUGACUAUUUCAUUUGAUUCAUUCAUUUAUUGAUUAAUUCCAGACAUGCCAAACACUUGUAUAGAGUUUAAUAGAUUCGGUAGUGCUCAUGGUUCGCCACUGGAAUCUAUGUAUCUGUAUAUCAGAAUCAGAAUCAGAAAAAGCUUUAUUGCCAGGUCAGACAUAAAUCAGACGAGAGAACUUGACUCCGGUUUACACCGAUGGCACCAUUAAUACGGACGCCAUAUAAAUACAUAUACACAUCUGAAUACCCACACAUUUUGAACAUAUAGAACCCCUAUAUAGAGCUAUAUUAAUAAAUGAAUCUGUUUUUAAUGAAUGUACACAAAAUAAAAAAAUCUAUACCCAAUGUGCACAUACCUCUGACACAAGUAUGGUAUAAUCCAAUUGAUGCUCAAAAUAAAACCCACGAAUGGACUUUGUUCUCCUGUUUGAAGCCAGAAGUACAGUUCCUAAGAUGACAACCUGGAGAUGUUUCCACAAGUGAGUCUGUUUUCUUUGACCUCCAUGUUAAAUUUUUUUAUUUUCUAUAUAGUGACGGACAGUGAAAGGAAAGGACAAUACAACUUUGUGUCCAUGAAACAUGAUUCAGGUCUGGAGACACAUUUGACUGUGUAACUUGCUUUUGAAGCAAAACAUGUUAAUUGUUUUUUUUUUUGUCUGAAAUAAGCUUAUCUUUUAUAGAAAAAGUGAUGGACUGAGUUUUUGAUCGUCUGUCUGUAAGAAAGAACUGGGAGGAUUAACAAAGCAAACCAAAGCUAGAGACAACUUGUAUUGUUACAAAUGCUAUAUAGAUCAAACUCUUUCAAUUCACUGAAUUGAAUUGAAAUUAAAUCGCAUCAGAAAUCCUGCAACAGUGUUGCUUUAUUUUGAGAAAAAUUGAUGUUUUAUGAUUUCCAAAAUCCGUUAAACUUAUUAACACCACCUCUCAAGGUACCCAAUGUCACCGUAAAACACAAUAACAAUCCCACAAGGUAAUGCAACAAAAAUCUGCAAAACAAGAAAAAAAAUAGGCUACAAAGAAAAUUCAAAACAUGUGUCUUCAGUAUAUGGAUUUAAAGUCUGAAAAGAGUCAGUACUGCGUAUGUGAGGUGGGAGAGAACUCCAGAGACGAGGGGCAGAGCAGCUGAAGGAUCUGGUGACCCAACGAGCAGAUAGGACUGUUACCUGGAUGGAGGACGAUGACCUGAGACCUGAGAUGGGGUGUUGGUGUGUAAAAGUUCAGAUUGGGAAAACAGGAGUAAUAUCAUCAAUGGAGGAUCUUCUUGUGAUAAUAUGGACAGCUGAGUUACGGAUUAGCUGAAGUUUGUUGAUGGAUUUGAGAGGAAAUCAAGAGGAGGGAGUGAUACUUGUCAACACGAGAAGUACCUAGAACCAAAGUCAAAUUAUUUUUAUUAUUAUUAGGGGAACUUGUACACACUUGGUCUUAAAUCUAUUCAUAGUACACAUUGAUUUUUUUAUACACAAAUGUAUAUUUUUGAAAGAUAAACCAAGGUUAAUAGGCUACAGUGGGGAAAUGAGCUAUAGUACACUAUAGUAAAUCCCUCCAUGUCUAUGUGAUGGAAAAGCCCUUGCUGCUGCAACAGCAUAUUAUUAUAUAGUUGUUUUUAUAUUAUAUAAUCAGGUCUAAAAACAUUACUGUUUACUGAAGCGUGCUCCUAAAUUAAAUACUUACCUGCGGUACUCUACUGCCCUUAGUUUUCAGCAACUUGUGCUUUUUAUUAUUUUUACUUUUUAUUAUUCCUUCUUUUCUCAUAAUUUUAUUUCAUUGUAUUUGUUAUUUACUGUCUAAUUAUGUCUUGCCGCUUUUAAUGUUGAUGUAAAGAACUUUGAAUUACCU